AAGUCUGUCAGAAACAGGAUUGAUAUCUGAAUGCUAUAUUCCUGUAAAUACAAGUGAUGCAUGGUCCCAUUUAUUUAUGUGUUCCUACCUUAAAUAAAGAGUAAAGACGUUCAUCUUGUGCUCGAUAAAUCAGGCCCUCGUCUUUUGUGUUGACCGUUGCUCCAGCGGUGUCAUCCAUGCUGUUGUUGUGAUUGAUGACUUAUCCGCAUGCACUGUCAGGUCAGUUGGUCAAAAUUAAAUGUGAAAGGUGACCUUCAAAGGGACAUGAUGCAAGUGUAGCACCCCCCGAACCCCAUGCUUACACACCAGACGACUUGUCUUCUGUGCCUCAUAAUUUGUGUCUCCUGGAGCAGGAGCACCAUGCAUAUUAAUAAAAUGUAGUCAUGUCACCAGAGGGCACUACUGUGCUUUAUUUUUUGAUCAUCAUUGCUUUUAGAGUAGAUAUGACAUUUUAAAUGUAAAACCAAUUUUAGGAGGAAAUCUGAGUCAGCAAGUGCUCUUAAGUAUGAACACUGAUUAGAUUGCCCUUAUGAUCCUUUCUACUGUGUGGUGCAGGUAUUUCACGACUUCCUGUUUACUGUUAUUGAUGCUAAGUGGUGAUCAAAUGACAUGCAGAUCUUUAAAAAUUAAAUAUUAUACAUUAAGAUCUAAAAAUAUGGUGUAAUUGAUGUUGUACAGCAACAAAUGCACUUGUAUUUAAGUGAAUGUCACUUUGGAUGACUUCCCAAAUGAGUCGAUUAUUUGUUCAUGAGGGACUUCAGUACAAGCCAUCCUCCAGUUGCUCUAAGUUGCUAUUGAAUUUCCUUGCACAUCUCAAGCCCCAAAUUCCUAAAUGAAUGAGAGAAUGAGACUUAAAUAACCAGCGUCCACAAACUGUUGCCACUAGUGAAUGCUGGCAGCUGUAGUAUUGGUCCUCCAGGCUCAAAGAAGUGACUUCUUGCUGGUUUUCCAUCCUCCACAGGCUCCCUGUAAAUUCUCCUCUUCCUCCCUGCUCUCCUUUCCCCUAUCCCUCUCUUUCUCCCCCAUCCCUCUCUUUCUCCACACUGGAUUCCACACAGACCUUUUCAUCCUCCUGCCUCUCACUUGGCCUGGAAAACUAGACAUGCCCCCUCACACACUCUGCUGAUCUGUCUCACCCCCUUAGCCAUGUGGUUACUCAAUCUAUUUUCAGUUGUGAGUGUGUUUUUGUCUGUCUUUCUUACACUCUUUGGUCUUUUUCUCCUCUGCCUGUUGUUAUUCUCCCUCUUCUAUGCAUUCUGUCUGCUGUGGGACCUCCGCACCCUGUCUCUCUCUCUUAGUGGGGCAGUGUCAGGGGGUCAGAAGGGGGCAGCAACUGGGCAUGGGGAUGAUGGGGGGGGUCCUUAUCGCAGUGACAGCGUGAAGAGCAUGGUGACAGAGGGAGUGAAGGCCGGCAGGUGGCAAACCGUCCAGGGCCACAUGAAGUCCGGAGGAUUGAGACCCAGCGAGUGAGUUCAGAACCGGGUAGAAAAAAAGCAAACAUUUCAAUCACGGCACAGAAGAAUAAACACACAUUACAAUGCAAUGUUAUUCUUAUAAAUGUUAUUCUUGUAGCAGCUAUGAUUAGAUGAAUGAAUCAGUUCUGAGUAGAAACAAGGAGAGUCAGGUCAAGUUCAGCAGGGGGAAAAGUGCAGCUCAGGUGUCGAGGUGAGCGUGUGGGCACAGAUCAAGGUGUGAGCACUGGGGAAAUGUGAACUCUCGUCAUUAUGAGAAGAUAACAAUAGUUGCUCGAGCCGCCUCACACUGACUCAAACCUUCAGCUGACACAGUCGGCCCAGCUGCACAAUAUAGCCUCGUGUAUGAAUCUGCAGGAGAAUAUGAUUUAUUCAUGUGAGGAACCGUACUGCCUGUGUGUACUUUCAAAAAUGCAAUACGGAAAUAGUCUCAUUUUCUCACACUGACUGAAAUAAUGCCUCAUACCUUGCCAUCCCGCCUUUUAAUUAAGAUUUAGGCUGGAAUGUGAACUGCAUGUUGGUCACUAACUAAAUGUAUCCCACAGGCAUGACAUAUGACAUAAGUUAUAAUCUAUAUUUGGCAUGUUGUAAAUGAGGCAGUUCAUUUUCAGUUCUCCGUGAUUUUUUGCACCUUCCUUUGGCACCUCGUGCCUGUGAUAUUUUUCCUCCACAUCACAUUUACACUCAUCACUACCUCACUCUUCAUUCUCUCCUUCUCUCAUUUUUCUUUUUGCCCCCUGUCUAUAAUUGGAUUCUAUUUUCAGGCUGCUAUAAGUGUCUGUGUCUCUUGUGUUUGUGUUUCACACCCCAUUUUCUGUCUCUCCUCCAUCGUCACCCUCUGCUCUCCUCGUUCCCAUUGCUCUCUCCAUCUUUCUGUCGCUGUGCAAAGCCACCCCUCUCAUUCUCCUUUUCUUAUGUUUUGCCCACAAACGGUUUUAUUUCUGCAAAACCUUUCAUUACACUUUUUAUCGUUUUAUUCGUGACUGUUAAAUAUGAUGGACACUAAAAGCCUUGUGCAAAAUGAUGUUAGGUGAAGUAAUGCAGAGCGGAGUAAACUGCACCUAACUGAUGUGAAUAGCUCUCUCAUGACCUAAUUCUGGUAGUCUGGGUUACACAGCGAUCUGAGAGAGGAGGAUACAUUUGGUGAGUAGAAAAUAUCUAAAAAAGAUGAUACAGGAUACUGUAGAGCCCACAAAACACAGGAAUGAUGUAUGUGUAAGUAAGUGAUGACAUCUAAUAAAAUGUGUCACACCUUCAUGUCGAUGUGACUACUGAAACAUUUGUAAGAAAGGCAAUGAGCCAAUUUAACAGCAUUUAUAAAGAGGAGGAGUGGAAAAUGAGAGGCUGACAGAGGGAGGGAGUCAUAAUGUAGGACUUGGUUGGCUGUUGGGAUGUCUCUAGAGGUGCAGCAUGUAUUUAAAAGACGAAAAAGACUUAGAGACAGGAAGAGAGGCUAUCAGAGAUGGAAAAAAUUGACUGACGAGUAGAAGACAUGGGGAUCUCUCAUCAGACCAAAACACCCUCAUCAAGAAGGCCUGGAACCUGCAAAAGCACAACCCACGUGCCUCGACUCAGUCAUGUGGCACAGAAUCGCGCCACACUCGUGCGGACAGUGCACAUCCGACCACUGCCCACGCGAAACGCACCCUCACGCAAACAGCACACUCAGGCCGCGCAGACACGCAAGGUGCACACACAUCUGACGCAGACGCACAGGGCGAGCUCACAGUCUGCACAUUGCUGCCUGACGCAGCCCUAUGACCAGUACACGGCACACAGCGAUCACUCAGGCUGCACCUUCUACUGCUAUUUCUGCUACUGCUGUUACUGCUGCUGCCUCACGUUGCUCUCUUUCUCUCUCCUCCUCCUCCUGUCUCCACCUCCCAACGCUCCUCCCUCUGCCUUCUCCACAUUGUCAUCAUAUAUCACUCUUCCUCAUUCCUCCUCCUCCCCCUCACAAUCAUCAACUUCCUGUUUGGAUGAACUUUCCUGUAACCAUCCUAACGUCAACCUGACUUCUUCUGCUGUGUCUCCCUACUGCCCUGUGCCACCUUGUCUUAUCUCUGAUGAUUCUUUCCCUCUCUUCUACGUCUCAUCUCCUGACCUCACCACUUCUGACCAACUCACCUCCUGUUGCCACGGCUCCUCUCCUAAAUCUACUUCUUCAUCUUCCUCUUCCGUGCCCUCUGACUCCUUCCUCCAUCCUCAUCAUCCUAUCCUCUGUCGGCCGUGGCCUUCUUCGCGCUCUCUUUCCUCCCUGCUCCUCUGCCCUCCCAGCUUUGGGGAUCCAGUCUUAUCGUAUGCGUCCACUUUGGAGCACAUCCCCUCGCGGCCUCGGACACUACUGCGCCAGCAGAGUCUUCAGCAGCCUCUCAUCCACCCACCAGGCCCUGGUCUUAGCCAUCCUCCCACCACAUCCCAGAGUUUGGGACAGUUACACACUGCACCUGGACAGCCUGGGGGAGGCGGGGGUGCUGGGAGAGGAGAGGGAGGUGGCAGCAGUGGUGAGGGUGGGGGUGCAGGUACACGAGGCGGUCCCAGGGGUGCACGGGGCAGCCCAUCAGGAUCAGGGGCCUCUCGCAAUAGGGGAGGUGGAGCAGCAGGGCGCUCACGUGGCAAUCCUGGCAGCUGGGAUUUCAUGAUGGACCAGGUGCGGAAUCGCGGCCUGGAUGCAAAGUCCUUCCUUGAAGGGAAGCUGGUGGUCCUGGCUUUGGCCAUUGGUGUGGCUGAGCAAGAUGACUUUGCCAAUAUCCCUGACCUGCAGGAAACAGCGCAGGCACCACCAUCAUCCAAUCAGGAGCCCCCUCCUGAGAAGAGGGGCAACAAGCCAGCUAACAGCCCCAAGGGCCAACCCCCUGAUGCUGACGGCCACUCCUCUGUAACUGACCUGGCCAACUCUCUCACUGGAGAUAUGGUGAUGCUGUCUCCAGGUUCGGAGGAUGAUGAAGGGCCUGUCAGUGAGAAGCUGGGCCGGAUCCAGUUCAGCAUAGGGUACAGCUUCCAGAACACGACCCUUACCGUCAAAGUUCUCAGGGGCCAGGAGCUACCGGCCAAGGACUUCUCUGGCACUUCCGAUCCCUUUGUCAAAAUCUACCUGCUGCCCGACAAAAAGCACAAGCUGGAGACCAAGGUCAAGAGGAAGAACCUCAACCCCCACUGGAACGAAACCUUCUUGUUUGAGGGCUUCCCUUACGAGAAGGUGAGAGAGCGCACUCUAUACCUUCAGGUGUUGGACUACGACCGCUUCAGCAGGAAUGACCCCAUUGGAGAGGUGUCAAUCCCCCUUAACAAGGUGGAACUGGGCCAGAUAAAGACCUUCUGGAAGGAGCUCAAGCCCUGCAGUGAUGGCAGUGGGAGACGAGGAGACCUCCUGUUGUCUCUCUGCUAUAAUCCCACUGCCAACACCAUCACUGUGAACAUCAUCAAAGCGCGCAAUCUUAAAGCCAUGGAUAUCGGGGGCACCUCAGAUCCAUAUGUUAAGGUGUGGCUGAUGCACAAGGACAAGCGUGUAGAGAAGAAGAAGACAGUGACGAUGAAGCGCUGUCUGAACCCCAUAUUCAACGAGUCCUUCCCCUUCGACGUGCCCGCCCAUGUGCUGAGGGAGACCACCAUCAUCAUCACUGUCAUGGAUAAAGACAGGCUCAGCCGCAACGACGUUAUCGGCAAGAUCUACCUAUCGUGGAAGAGUGGACCAGCGGAGGUUAAGCACUGGAAAGACAUGCUCGCUCGGCCGCGUACUAACGUCGCCCAGUGGCACGCUCUCAAGGCCUGAUCGCACUGCCCAGUUUCCUCCAUGGCCCCCUCCCGUCUCCUACUCCCCCUCCUCCGUCCCCUCCUCCCAUUCCCGUCCUUAUGCACAAGACUGACUUGCUGCCAGGCUGCGAAACACGGGUACAAUUAGCCAUCUGCUCUCUUAUACCUUUAAACUCUUUUCUUUCAAAAUCUGUAUUCCUCUCCGACUCUUUUCGCUUCUUCUGUUCCCUCUUCUUCAUACAGCUGUGUCUUAGUUUCUGUAUUUCACCACUUUGCCAAUGGUCCCCCUGUUUCUGACUGUCUGUAUGUCUGUCUGUCCUUAUGCACUUUGCCUGUGGAAGUCCGAUAUUCAGUUUUUUGUCGGCCCCUUGGUUCUGAACUGCACUGCAGCCUCUGACCCAUUUAAGGUGCCAGUCCCGUGGGAUCACAGAGAAUCUUAAGUAACGGUUUAAUUUCAUAUAAUCCUAUUAUAUGACUAUUCCAGGUACACAAUACAGUAUGUACAAUAUGUACAUAUACCUAUUAAUAUAUUAGGAGAAUAGAUUGGCAGAACUCCCCUAUACACACGACUAAUAUACGGUAUGUUAUCCAUAGCCUGUUUGCUGUUUCUCGUCUCUCCUGCUCUUCAUUUGUCUUGUCAUUUGUCUCAAGUGUACAAUAUCCUCUCCCUAGUUCAGUCCUUUUACUCAAAAGCGGUUUAAUGUUCAUCUGAAGUUGUGGAAAGCAAUCAAUACUGGGUUUUUGAUGAAACCAGCUGAACUCAAGAUGGAAUUGCUGAUACUGCUGUCUCCUUUCUCCUCUUUUUUCCUCUCUAUGCUCUUCUUUAUCUCCUUUGUCCUUAUUGUUCCCUCUUUCUCUUACUCUGGCACAAUAUUAGCGUAUCCAACCCUUUCUGGACCCCCCACCCCUUGUCGUCUGUGUGCUGUGGGUGCUGUGCUGUAGCUCCAACAAAAAUAGAGAUUAAAAAUAAAAAAAAUAAAUGGAACUUUCCGAAACUGGGAAAGCGGGAACACAGUAAACUUAUAAAAUGGAUCGCUCCUGAUUUUUCCAGACAAAAAGCCUUGACAUGGAGAGAGAAAAAAGAAGAUGGAAAAAAACAAAUCCCCCAAUGAUACGAUGAUGUCAUUUUUCACAACAUCACCCACUGAGGAAACCAAUUUAAAAUCUUCCAAGUUUAAGAUGAAAACAGAAGCAAAAAGUUUGCGGUUUAUGCUCAACAGUCCGUUGUGUGUGCACACUUCUGUCUGUUUAUUGAUGCUAUGAAUUCUUUGUGCUGCCCUGUGCUGUUGUGUUGUGCUGAUAGGGGUUGAUCUCCACCAGUUUUGACCUGAUGGUGUGCUGCGUUAAUGUGUGUGUGUGUGUGUGUGUGUGUGUGUGUGUGUGUGUGUGUGUGCGUGCGCGUACGUGUGUGCGUAUGUGUGUGUGUGUGUGUGUGUGUGUGUGUGUGUGUGUGUGUGUGUGUGCGUGUGUGUGUUCACAGGAGCAACACAAUUUAGACAGCAGAAAUCUUCUUCUCUUUUCUCUUUCUCAUCUUGCGCUCUUCUUGCUCUUCUUACUGCCAUUGUUUCCCCCGUCCUCCUUUACUGCCCUGCCUUCUGAACGAGGGCACAGGGAAAUUCUAUCUGCACUUUUU